CUCUCUCUCUCUCUUUCUCUCUCUCUCUUCCUCCGGAGGAAUUGCCUUUUCUUGAAAACAAAAAUGGUCUUGUAUUGGAGGAGGUGAUGAUAAUAGUAAAAGCAAUAUCAGAAAUUUAAUACUAAUAAAAAUCAAUCAAUUGCAGAAUAUUGUAAUCCCAUCAAUAAAUUAAGCCAUAAAUCUCCUCCCCAGCAAAUGGGUUGCUUUGAAAUUGAGCUCUUUCACCAUCUUUCUCUGCCUCUUAAUGGCUUCUCACCUCAACACUACUAUAAUCGUCUGUUUUUGCAUUUAUAUAUGUUUUCUCUCUCUUCCUUAACUCCAAAUUCUUGGGUUGUCCUCAAUUUAUGAGCCCCUUGAGACUUGUGUUUUGAUGAUGAUUUCAUUUCUCUCCAUAUAACCGUCCCCUUCUUUUACUUCCUUGACUUGACUGACUUGGACUUAGACUUACCUGGUACGCUUCUCUCUCUGUGAUUCUUUCUGUAUAUGCGUCCAAAUGGCUUGUUUCUUCACCAUUUCCGUCUUCCGUUCAUGCCUUGCUUUGCUGGGUUUCUAUCCAUAUACUUCAUUUUUUGAAAGGUUAUUAUCCAUGUCCAAAGGGAAAGAGCUGGAAGGUGAAGAUGAAGAGGUUGAAGCAUGCAGAAAUUAUUGUAAUACUCAUAAGAAAGGAAUGCUUGGCGAGGAUCUUGGCAAUAGCUUUUGGAUUACUUCUAAUAGUACCCAACCAAAAAAUCUUGAUGCUUGGGAAACUAAUAGCAAGGAAGAUGAAAGAGGGUAUGUGAUUGGAUAUGAUAAUAAUCCUAGCAAGAAAGCGAUGCUUGCGGAGGAUUCUGGUAAUAGUUUCUGGAUUGCUUGCAAUACACCACCUGAAACUAUUAUUAUUUGCGAAACCAACAGAAUGGAAGGCAUGGGCAGGUAUGUUUUUUCUUCCAGCGAGGACAGAGUUGGUGGUUACUCAAGUGUAGAACCUCAGGAUGCAGAUUACUCCGAAGUUCCACGGCUCAGUGAUGAGAUAGAGAAUCAGAUUUUGGCAAGGGUUCCAAGAUCAGAGUACUGGAAAUUUCCAUUGCUGAACAAGCGAAUAUUCUCUCUUAUGAAGAGUGGUGAGCUCUUUAAGAUUAGAAGGGAACUUGGGGUCAGAGAAUCAUCUGUUUUUAUUUUUACAACUGGAGACAGCGGUUGGUGGGCAUUUGAUCGACAAUUCAGUUCCUGUAGAAAGCUUCCAGACUUGCCAGCAGACUCUUGUUUUUCUUCAGGAGACAGAGAAUCAGUUUGUGCAGGGACUCAUCUGAUCAUUUCAGGCAGGGAAAUAGAGGGUGUUGUAGUUUGGAGAUACGAACUGGAAACAAAUAGCUGGAGAAAGGGUCCUUCAAUGAUCAAGCCUAGGUGUCUGUUUGCUUCAGCUUCCUGUGGUCCCUUUGCUUUUGUAGCUGGUGGAGUAACAGAGGCUGGUGCAGUUCUAAAUUCUGCUGAGAAAUAUAAUUCUGAUACUAAGACAUGGGAAACCCUUCCAACGAUGCAGGAGAAAAGGAGGCUCUGCUCAGGCUGUUACAUGGAUAACAAGUUUUAUGUGAUCGGUGGGCGGAAUGAGAAGGGAAGAUGUCUUACUUGUGCAGAAGCCUAUGAUGAGGAUCAAAAGACAUGGGAACUCAUCCCCGACGUGUUGGAGGAUACUCCUGUUGCUACUUUCCAAUCUCCACCUCUUGUUGCUGUUGUGAAUAAUGAGCUUUACUCGCUAGAGACUUCAUCAAAUGGGCUGAAAGUGUAUUCAAAAAGGAGCAGAACAUGGAGGAACUUAGGACCAGUCCCUGUAAGAGCUGAUUCUUCAAGAGGAUGGGGGGUAGCCUUCAAGUCUCUGGGCAAUGAGCUACUUGUAAUAGGUUCAUCAAAAUCCGUCUCUUAUUCAGGAGAUGGCAUGGCUAUGUACACCUGCUGCCCAGAUGCUGUAGCUGAGGAAUUGCAAUGGAGGCCUCUUGAGUGUGGCAGAAACAGACUGAGCAACUUUAUAUUGAACUGUUCUGUUAUGUUUGCUUGAAUUUUAACCCUACAAGGCAGCAACUACUGAGGUGCUUGAUGCUAGUCACAAUAAUACCUAUAUUUAGAAACUAGGAUUUGACAUAUUAGGUGCUUCAAUAUAUAUAUAUAUAUAUAUAUAUUGUUCCUCCAAACAGUGUGAUGGAGGCUAUUUGAAUGAACCCGGAUGAAUUAUCUAUCAAGUGGCUUGUUUUCUUUUUAUUCUCUGUGCAGGAUCCUGUCAAUUGUAAUGGCUUUGAAUCCUGGUCCUGUUGAACCCUCUGUGUUGUGGAUGUAUUUGAAGGUUUUGCUUGA